AUGGCUAAGCAAUCUCUAGACGUUUCCUCCGACAGAAGAAAGGCCAGAAAGGCUUACUUCACUGCCCCAUCCUCCGUCCGUCGUGUCUUGUUAUCUGCUCCAUUAUCCAAGGAAUUGAGAGCUCAAUACGGUAUUAAGGCUUUACCAAUCAGAAGAGAUGAUGAAGUUUUAGUCACCCGUGGUGCUAAGAAGGGUCAAGAAGGUAAAGUUUCUUCUGUUUACAGAUUGAAAUUUUCCAUUCAAGUUGACAAGGUUACUAAGGAAAAAUCUAAUGGUGCCUCUGUUCCAAUUAACAUUCACCCAUCCAAGGUUGUUAUUACUAAAUUGCAUUUGGACAAGGAUAGAAAGGCUUUGAUUCAAAGAAAGGGUGGUAAAUUGGAAUAA